GACGCGUUUGGCUCCACCUCCUGUCCAUCACAGCUCAGGAGAUCCGCUUUUAAUUUGUCAGGGUGGCCCUUUAAUUUUAAAACGCCGCUAAGCAAAGAACACUCCAUCUUUCAGAUUUAAAAAAAAAAAAAAAAAAAAAGAAAAGAAAAAAUGGUCCCGCUGCAGGACCGUUCGCAGCCCGACAGCAACCGCCGUCGUCCGCAAAUCGGAUAGUGUGAAUGGUUCUUUCGGGCUCGCGCCCCAGCUACCGUUACGCAGCUGUCUCAGACCGAAGCUAACCGGGGCUACCGAGCGUUAGCUGUAACGGCUCGCUUUUGGCCGUUUGAUAUCGACGCGCGUUUCACAGACGCCCAGAGACGGGGGAACCGGACCCGGGCGACGCACCUCUCCCGCUGUCGCUAAAAUACAUUACAAAAUGGACAAAGAAGAGGGAGACCGGCUGAUAGAGAAGGCGAAGCUGUGUUUACGGUCGGGCCGGACGGACCGGGCGCUGCAGCUGCUGUACGAAGCCCAGAAUAUUUACCCCAGCACCCGGGCCAGAGUGCUGAUAGACGCCAUAUUGAGAAACGGAGGCACCACUGCCCCACAGGCCGACCACGUGCCUCCGCCGACGGGCUGGGGGGACGAGGACUUCAGGAGCAAGGGAACCAGAAACGUAGUCGGCGAUGAAAAGAAGAGCUACACCGAGGAUCAGCGGCAGGGUGUUCUCAGGAUAAAGAAUUGCAAGGACUUUUAUGAGAUCCUCGGUGUUACCAAAAACGCCAGCGAUGAAGACCUGAAGAAGGCGUACCGGAAGUUGGCCCUCAAGUUUCACCCCGACAAGAACUUUGCUCCGGGAGCCACGGAUGCGUUCAAAGCAAUAGGCAAUGCAUAUGCAGUGCUGAGCAAUCCAGAGAAGAGGCAGCAGUAUGAUCAAUACGGAGAUCAAUCUGCUGCUCCGAAUGCGCCCCAACACGCCGCCCACAGUCGCCAUGGAUACCACCGAAACUUCCACAGAGACUUUGAGGCCGACAUAUCCCCCGAGGAGCUCUUCAAUAUUUUCUUCGGAGGGAGAUUUCCUACAGGAAACAUCCACGUGUACACCAACCAGGGAGCCUCCUACUCUCAGUUCUACCAGCCUCGCCGUCGACGCGCUUUUGAGAGGCGCGAGGAGGUGGUGGAGGAGAACAACAACAACAACCAGAGUCAGAACACCUUCACAGCGCUGCUGCAGCUUCUCCCUGUGCUGAUGCUCAUCCUCAUCUCAGUGUUCACCCAGAUGAUGGCCACCAACCCGCCCUACAGCCUCUUUUAUAAGCCGGCCAUGGGGCUGGUGGUGUCCAGAGAAACGCAGCACAUGGGUGUACCGUACUAUGUGGAUAAAAGUUUUGAGAAGGAGUACCGCGGAGCUGCGCUGGAUGAACUAGAGAAAACCAUUGAGAGCGACUAUAUCGAACAUCUGCAGAACAGCUGCUGGAAAGAGAAACAGCAAAAAUCUGACUUGGCAAACCUGGGACAACUGUACCGAGACGAGCGGUUAAAGCAGAAGGCCGAGUCGAUGAGGCUGGACAACUGUGACAAGCUGCAUCGAUUGGUCGGGCGCCAGAGGGGCAAAUGAGGAGCGUUACGAGAGGAGACCACGUUUCAGUACAGACUUUACAAUAAUACAUUUUAUCCAAGUGUGAAAUUCAUCCAAUCCGGCCACUUUGUAAAGAAAUCUCUUUAAGGUACAGCGCACCCAGUGGGAGGUCAUGCCACAGGAAACAAUGUGCCUUCUCUCCUCUUUGACGCCAGGGAAUGGAGUUGCACGUGGGCAGCAUCAAGUGCACACUCCCUGUGGCGGUGUGUACGAAGUCUCAGAGCCUUUAAACUUUCUUAUAGAAAUGGCAUGACGUAAGGGGUCUCCCUUCGGGGUUACGAAGGCAGUAGUAUGUUCCCUCGCACACAUUUAAUCCGUUAGCUUACUUGUAUUCAUUUUCUUUUAUGCCUUUGUGUCCUUGCUGGAACUGUAGGUGUUAUUUAAUAGUUAAAGGAGGGACUCUUGCCCGAUCUUGGCUCAUCAUCUUUUUUUUUUUCCUAUAGGAAGUAAUAAAAUACAGUGACUAAUGUAGUACUGUAGUCUUUGGACAAAUCUGAGAGCUUCUGUACUGUGAAAUAAGAGGAUCUUUUAUUCGUUUUUAAUCGGACAAUUUGUCCUCUGAGACUAUAGCAAUAGGCGACACGCGGCAGUAAAAUUUAACAAAUCCUAACCUUAUUUUUCUGAUUGGGGGACGGUAGAAGGUUGCAGUCUCCAAUACAAGCCGUCUCCUGCUGUAGCACUUCCUGCUGCUCGCAUCGGUGCAUAUCUGGUCGCUCAUUGAGCUUCACGGCUCACGUUUUGAGGUUUAAGCGAGAGAAACGACUGUUACGCGUUGCAGAAACACAUUUUCAAUGGGUGACCGGCAACGUUCAACCAUAAAGGCCGUCCACAGUCCUGCACAAUGUUCCAGUGUGACCUUCUUUUCCCUAAUCCACGCGGAAGCUCACCUCAUUUUGUUUUGUAUUAGAAUAAUAUCUGGCCCAGGUUUUAUACAUGUUUUGUAGGUUCUGUACCCUUUUCAUUUAUACUGUUUUAUAAAGAAUAAUCAUUUUGUUCUCAUCCCCCAACAGAAUUUCUCGGUUGAAGU